AUGGAGGACGAUAAGCAAAACGCCAACCCCACUAUCCUCAACCCCUCAGACCUUCCCUCUCGCCAUAGGGAAGCAGUCGCGAAGAAGCGGGAGGAUGGAGGCACAGGGCUCUUUGAUGAUCUCAUUCCUGCAUACAACUACCUGAAUGAUCCCUUCGAGCAGUCAUAUUCGUCCUCCGACUCCGAUGACGGCUCCGUGGAAGACAUUGAUGAGCAAGAGAUUUAUGACCUCAUAUCGUCCAUUUCCGAUCCCGAACAUCCCCUCUCCCUUGGUUCCCUGGCUGUUGUCAACCUACCGGACAUCUUCAUACAGCCACCGCAAUCUCCACACUCGUCUAUAAGCACUGUCCUUGUAGAAAUAACACCCACGAUUACACACUGCUCCUUAGCUACCGUCAUUGGCUUGGGAGUUCGCGUCCGACUUGAGCAAGCGCUGCCUCCCCGGUUCCGAAUUGAUGUUCGCAUCAAGAAGGGUACGCAUAGCACUGAUGAGGCAGUCAACAAACAGCUUGGUGAUAAAGAAAGAGUUGCUGCUGCAUUGGAGAACGGUACACUUAUGGGUGUCAUAAGGAAGAUGCUCGUAACUUGCGAGUAG